GCGCGGCAGCCUCUGGACGAAGCCCCCGACGCUUCGAGAUCGAGAACGCAGAGAUUUUCGCGGUCCCGCUCUAGGUCACGCCGGCGGAGAUCACGAUCACUCAGGAGGAGAGAACGAGACAGGCACAGAGAGCCUCAUCGAGGUCGUGAGCGGCACCGCAGAUCGCGGUCGGCUUCGCGCUCCCGAGGAGGCGAACGUCGCCGACGGCGCGAAAAGGUUGAAGAGAACCCUUUGGGCGACAAGGAGAUGCUCCUUGACCAAGUGGUUUCAUGCAGCCCCCACCCCAUCGACAUACGCGGUUGUUUCCAGGAUGGACGUCCGAUGCAAGAGCUGGUCGACAAGCUGGUCUUGGCCGAGGCUGACCCGCUGAGAGAUGACUUCCUGAAGCUCCGGUGUGUGAUCCACCAAGGACAAAUUAUCUGCUUGGAUGCCCGGCGACUUGCUUGCCUGCAAGAGUACGCCAGAAAAGUGCAGCGAGAGGUGACGAUCCGUGUGAACGUCAACGAAAGCUGGGACAAAGAUCCGAAUGUCUCUAACUUCUUGAAGCACUACACGACCGUGGAUGGCGGACCUCCAAAAGUAAGGUGGAGGCAGCAACAGAACUAUGGCACCAAUGAUCGCGACGGUCGCCGCGACGACAACGACAGGGAACGGCGUCAGCCAAUUGGCCAAGGCCGUGGAAAGGGUGGCAAAGGCCAGGGCAAGAAGGGGAAGAGGCGGAACCGCGACGGGAAGUCAGGUGGCGGCUGGAAGGGCCGCAAAAAUUGGAACUGGAAGCAAGGUGAUGAGAAGCAAAGCUAUGAUGGCGGUAACACUGCCGACGACGACAAGGACUCACGUCAGGGUGUUGAUGACACGAACGAGGAGAGCUGGAAUGACCCCAACUUCUUCGACGAAGAGGAUUUCGUGAGCAACACUCCAGCUCCAGCAGGUUCCGCGCAGAAGCCGGAAGCAUUCCGUGGCGAGGUCGUUCCGCGACGAACCAAAUGGGACAAUGCUCCGAAAGCAAACGUGACUGCUUUCGAUCCCGAGGCACCAACAAACCAGGAUAACUUUACAGCAGUCGUGGGCAACCAGUUUGCGAAGUCUGGCCAUUCAGACCGCCUCAUGCUGGUGGACCAUGAGAGAGGCACAGGCAAUGUGCCGAUCUCAUGUGAAGCUCUGCAGGUCACCAUUCUCAUUGAAAACCUUACUGGCUGCGACCUCGAGCUUUCUCGAGCCAGUUCUGAGCAGAGCAUGCAAGCUGUCCUGGCUAGGACGGACCAAAGAUGGCCAACGCUGCUUGGACUGUUGUUUCCGCGGUGGCUUUCGCUGAUAGCUUUCAGCAGAGGCACUGGCUGCGCCAUGGCCAUUGAGUUCCGGUCGAAGGGCAGCGGGUAUGCUGACACGAGACUGUCAAGGAAGUCCUUCAUGCUGGCCGUCCAGCUUCCGCGUCCAUCACAAGGAGUGGUCUCCUGGCUUGGAGCUCUCUCAAGCCCUGGUGGAGACGUGCCGAAGUUCGCAGCAUGCUUGCAGGACCUCGCUCCUGGGCAGACCCCAGGUGAUGUCCGGCACCUGCUGGAACAGGCGCCCCCUCUUCAAAGCCACGGCUCUGCGGCUGGCUGCGAGUGGCUGGCAGUACGGCGCGAAGCGGAGUUUGUCGAUGUGCGCCUCCGUCUGCUUCCCGAGGAUACGGCCGUGCCGGAACAGAGGUCCGAGGAACUUCCACCAGAGCUGACUCAGAAGGACGAGGUUGGGCUUUUGCCCAAGACACUGCUUGUCCUUCGCCUUGCGUCGCGGAUGCCACCAAACUCCCUGUCGUUAGACGUGCCGGCAGCCCUCAUCAAGGACCCCAGGUCGUGGACGGUGGAGGACAUUAGCGUUUGGCUCCACUGGCUGGGCAUAGGCGAGCAUGUGGAAGCCUUUGCCUCUCGCAACGUGGAUGGACGCCUCCUGCUGCAGCUCGGGGCGGACUCUGCUUGGGCCGAGUUAGGUGUCACCGACCCUGCGCAGCAGCGCGUCCUGGACUCUGCUGUGGAGCCACUCAGGUGUUUCCAUCAAGGAAGCGGUCUUGAAUCCGGCCUUGCACUGCACGCGAUUGAGGGCCCUGUGGCCGGCCGUGUCUUUUUGGUGGGCAGCGGCGGGGUCACUGGUGGCCGCCACUGCGCUUCCAACGGAAUCGUGCUCUCAGAGAACUAUGUGUCAAGACGGCAUUUCUUAAUUCUCCGAGACCGCAGCGGGCAGUACCUUCUGCAAGAUGUCGGAAGUACAACUGGCACCUUUCUUAUGGUCCGGGAAGAAUUGCCAUUGGACCAUCAGAUGAUUAUCCAGCUGGGUACCACAGAGCUGACGGUGUACAUUGAAGGGGAUUGCUGCACGCUGCUCGCAACAGAGGGUCCUGACAAGGACAUCAGCGCGCUGGUGCCUCCGCAAGGCCUCGCUAUUGGCAGAGAGGCUGGAAACGGACUUUGCAUCAGAGAUCCUCAGAUCUCUGCAUUCCACUGCAAGGUUCGCCCCGUCCCCGACCAUGGCUUCAUCUUGGAUGAUGAGUACUCCACGAAUCGCACGUGGCUACGCUUGGCCGCAGAUGGUCAGCCAUCCAGGCGGUACGUGCUUCGAAUUGGCGACCUCUUCAAAGUGGGAUCUACGCUCUUCCACGUCGUCGAGCCACCGCCCAUAGAAGACGUUCCGGGCGAGGCUUUGCCUUCAGCCUUGGACAGAUUGGAUCAUACCCGCUUUCCCACCUCGCCCAGCUCUGCUGAAGAGCCGGAGCUGAGUGAUGAUGCUGAAGUUGCCGUGCCAGCAGCAAUGCCUACGGAGUCUCAGCUUAGAUGGGAGCCCAUGCUGGAGGGUGACGCGAGGCAGUCGCUCUCGCCAGAAGAAUAUGCACGGCGUUUGACAUCUUCGCGGCGACGGGUGGCAGAAGGUGGGCCAGAAACUAG